AUGUCCGACACCCAGGCGAAAGUCGACGCGCUCAUCCGCGAGCUCCUACAGCUGGUUCUUGAAGCGGGCGUGUUUGGGUUUGCUUCUGCACAGGCGGCGCAGGUCAAGCUGGGCGAUGUGGAUGUGAAAGGUGUUGAGCUAGACGGGGAGGAAGAUACGAAACCGACCCGCUCAGCAACCGCAACCGUCACCUGCUACCUGACCGUCGACGAAGGAUGCUGCAACAUCGCACGCAACGCACACGGCGGAUUCCUCGCCUGGCUCGUGGACCACUGCUCGAGCCUGGGACUGCUGGCGUUAAGCGGGCCAGGAGAUCGCUGGACGACGAGCGGCGUUUCGACGAACCUGAACUUGUACUACAUCGGCGCGGCGCCUGUCGGCACGAAGCUCCGCAUUGUCACGACCGUUCUCCAGCAGGGUCGGGUAACGGGACUCCUCGAGACGCGGAUAGAGGACGACGCAACGGACAAGCUGCUCGUUCUCGGCACGCACGUCAAGCAGGACCCGCAGCGACCGACGCUCAAGGCGUUCAAGAAGGACAAGGCCAAGCUGUAG